AUGGUUAAAUUAACUACAGAAUUGAUACAACAAUCGAUGCAGUAUAUAAAUCCUGUACGAGACAGAGAAUUGGACCUUCGAGGUUAUAAAAUACCAACAAUUGAAAAUUUGGGAGCUACUCUCGAUCAAUUUGAUACAAUAGAUUUUUCCGAUAACGAUAUCAGAAAAUUAGAUGGCUUUCCAUUCUUGAAAAGACUCAAAACAUUAUUUUUUAACAAUAACAGAAUUGUUAGAAUCUCUGAAGGUUUAGAAAAUUACAUACCCAAUUUAGAAAUGUUAAUACUUACUGGAAAUAUGAUACAAGAAUUAGGCGAUUUGGAUCCUUUAAUUCCUCUAAAAAAUCUUCAGCAUAUGUGUCUCUUACAAAAUCCAGUAUCAGCUAAACCACAGUACCGACAAUACAUAAUAUACAGAUUUCCACAACUUCGCGUACUGGAUUGUCGAAAAAUCAAGAUAAAAGAUAGAGAAGAGGCUGUUGAAUACUUCCAAAGUAAACGAGGCAAAGAAAUGGCACGUGAAAUAGCUAAAAAGGCUAAAAUGCAAGCAGCUAUGGGAAAUUCCGAUAAACCAUUAAUGAGUACUGCUGAGAAAAAUAAAAUUAAAAACGCUAUCUCCAAUGCAACAUCAUUAGAUGAAGUAAAACGACUAGGCAAACUACUUCAAUCUGGUAACUUCCCUACGGAAGAACAUCAACAAAACGGAAACAACGGCAAUACUGAAGCUAUGCAAGAGGAUGAUUAA